GUCGGUAAUCACCGAGCUGUAACUCCUUAACCCAGGAAUCCAACGCUUCUGAUUUGGCCAAACAUUGUUUAUCCUCUUAGAGUGAACGGAACAUCAAAGGAACUUGAGGAAUGUAUCGGUUUCUGUGCGAUAUGUGGUGUCUAAACUAAGAAUUUUAACUGUUCGUGAUAUUUUUUCCCGACGUUUUCCAUUUUGGAUUAUACACUCUGCCUUUCUUUAACUCGAAUCCGAUGUGGUGACGCGGCUUAGUUGCAAAUGCAAAAACUGUUGGAAGUAACAGAUCUUUUGCCUUACAAAGUCUAAAUUAUAUUGUCUGGCGGACUAUAAUCACUUUGAGGCCUUAUUCGAUGUUGAUGUUGCUUAGUUAGCAAUUUCUCCCUCGUCAUUCGCGAGAUAUCGAGUUAGCUAACAACUAAGCUGAUCGCUAACUGGUUAGCGUACAUUUGUAGCCUGCUUACUCGCAGGUUUGUCAAGGUACGUUUUUUCUACUUUAGUGUGGUGUGUAAAGAGACGUCAUCAGAUUCUCGUUCGAAACCGAAUUGGAGAAAUGACUUGGAAACGAAGCAAUGUCACGAACUGACUUACACUGUCCAAACAAGUGGUUUUUAAACUAUGCAUAUCCGAAGUAGCCAGAUAGCAAGCUAAUAGCCCGCUAGCACUGAGAAUUAUGUUGGUCUGAGAGAGGCCUUAGGAUUUUUUUCCCAACUUUGACUGGUCGACUUAUUUAUAUCGCCAAUGUUCAACGUGAUUGUUUCUUCCAAGUUUUAAGUUUCAAUGAAUUUCCGUUGCUUGAAAGAUUCCCCCAACUUCACCGUUACGACUGAGUCUGCAUCAACAAAAGACGGAGUCUGAUUGUCAUUAGAUUGGAGAUAUCUUGUCUUCAAAAAAGGAAAGUGGAAUUGACGGAGUACCCAUCUGAUCUGCAAAGAUGAUGUGUGAGGUGAUGCCCACCAUAAGUGAGGCAGAGGUAGGGGGCAAUGGGGGAGGCCGGGGAUCUGGCUCCCCACUGCAGUCGGACUCAGAGGGGCACUUUGAGUCUCUAAUGGUGUCUAUGCUUGAAGAGAGGGACCGGUUGCUGGACACACUCCGGGAGACUCAAGAGAACCUGGCUGUUUCCCAGGGAAAACUGCAGGAUGUCAGCCAAGAGAGGGACUCCCUUCAGAGACAACUCAAUACUGCUCUGCCCCAGGAGUUUGCGGCGUUGACGAAGGAGGUGAACAUGUGCAGAGAGCAGCUGCUCGAGAGAGAGGAGGAGAUUGCCGAGUUAAAGGCAGAGAGAAACAACACUCGGUUGUUAUUGGAGCAUUUGGAGUGUCUGGUGUCCCGUCAUGAGCGCUCUCUGCGGAUGACUGUAGUAAAGAGGCAGGCACAGUCUCCUGCUGGCGUCUCCAGUGAAGUGGAGGUUCUUAAGGCCCUGAAAUCCCUUUUUGAGCAUCACAAGGCCUUGGAUGAGAAGGUGAGGGAGAGGCUGAGGGUUGCCUUGGAGAGAUGCAGUGCGCUGGAGGAACAGCUGACGGCGUCCCAUAAAGAACUGGCCUUUUACAGAGACCAGAACAGUCAGAAAAAAAUGCUGUUCGAUGGAAAGACAGAGCUGAAUCACAACUCUGAGAGUGCGCCCAGCACAAACGGCAAGCGGUCCUCUGAUGACUCGCUGGGCGUGGAGGAGGACUGUGGGAAGGUGGUGGAGCUGCAGGAUGUGAUUGACAGACAGAGUAAGGAGCUGGUGCAGAUGAAGGAGCGCAUUGUCUCUCUUAGCAACAGAGUGGCCGAGCUUGAAGAAGACCUGGACACUGCCCGAAAAGACCUCAUCAAAUCAGAGGACAUGAACACACGCCUUCAAAGAGAUAUCCGGGAGUCUAUUGCUCAAAAGGAGGAUAUGGAGGAGAGGAUCACCACAUUAGAGAAACGUUAUCUAGCAGCGCAACGAGAAGCCACCUCUGUCCACGACCUCAACGACAAACUGGAGACUGAGAUUGCAAAUAAGGAGUCCCUGUACCGCCAGACGGAGGAGAAGAAUAGACAGUUGCAGGAGAGGUUGGAGCUGGCCGAACAGAAGCUCCAGCAGACCAUCCGAAAAGCUGAGACGCUCCCGGAGGUGGAGGCAGAGCUAGCUCAAAGAGUGGCAGCACUCACAAAGGCAGAGGAACGCCAUGGUAACGUGGAGGAGCGUCUGAGACAGAUGGAAGCUCAGCUGGAGGAAAAGAACCAGGAACUUCUCAGGGCUCGCCAGAGAGAAAAGAUGAAUGAGGAACACAACAAACGCCUGUCAGAGACAGUGGACAAACUACUGUCUGAAUCCAACGAAAGGCUUCAGCUCCACCUAAAGGAGAGAAUGUCUGCCCUGGAGGACAAGAAUGCCCUAAUCCGAGAACUGGAGCACACGAAAAAACUGAUUGAAGAGGCUCAUCAUGAAAAGGAGCAACUUCUCAUCCAGAUCGAGACGAUGAGGGCGGAGAACGAGCAGGGGCGGAGCCGGAGCAACUCAAUGCUUCAUCAGGGGCGGUCUCACAUGGGCAGCACGCCGGAUUUCAGGUACCCAGUGUCUGCGUCCUCCAUGAUGGACAGCCACUCUGAUCACUACAGUGGGGCUUUGGUGCUGAGACGACCCCAGAAGGGUCGGGUCGCCGCACUACGGGACGAACCCUCCAAGGUACAAACCCUGAACGAGCAGGAGUGGGAGCGUGUUCAGCAGGCUAAUGUUCUGGCAAGCGUUACUCAGGCAUUCGAGAGUGAUGUCGAUAUGUCCGACAUGGAGGAUGACCGCGAGACCAUCUUCAGCUCAGUGGACCUGCUGUCCCCUGCUGGACAGGCUGAUGCACAAACCCUCGCCCUCAUGCUCCAGGAACAACUUGAUGCCAUCAAUAAUGAAAUCAGGAUGAUUCAGGAGGAGAAGGAGAGCACCGCAUUGAGAGCGGAGGAGAUUGAGAGCAGAGUGGGCAGUGGAGAUGGUCUUGGUGGACGUUACCUCUCGGUGGGCUCCAUCCCACCCUCUUUCCACAGCUCCUCUCACGGCGGCUCCUCCCCGCCAGGGUCAGGGCACUCUACACCCCGUCGUGCCCCCCGCAGCCCUAACCGAGAGGUGGACCGCAUGGGUGUCAUGACCCUGCCUAGCGACUUACGGAAGCAUCGUAGGAAGGUAAUCUGGAUGGAACGCUUCUGGACUGCGCAAGAUGACAAAGCAACCAUAAAAUGUGAGACCUCACCACCCUCUACCCCACGGUCCAUGCGUCUCAACAAAGGAGCGAUCCAUGCCGCCAGUCACGAGGACAUCCGAGAUAUCAGGAAUAUUGCCGGGCUGCAGGAUGGUCAAGGCAGUAACCCAAGCAGCAGCAACAGCAGUCAGGACUCCCUUAACAAAGCAGCCAAGAAGAAGAGCAUCAAGUCUUCCAUUGGCCGUCUCUUUGGCAAGAAAGAGAAGGGCCGGCCAAACCCUUCAGGCAAAGAUUCCUCCAGCCAAGCAGGUACUCCUGAAGGAGACAGCCCUCAGGAUGCGCUAACUCUCAGUAAACUGGGUGGCCCUGUGGAGAAGAACAGGAAAUUACAAAAGAAUCCAAAAACAGGACAUGAGUUGUUGGAGGAGGCUCGGAGGCAAGGUUUGCCCUUCGCCCAGUGGGACGGGCCGACCGUGGUGGUUUGGCUAGAGUUGUGGGUAGGGAUGCCGGCCUGGUAUGUGGCUGCCUGCCGUGCCAACGUGAAAAGCGGUGCCAUCAUGUCUGCGCUGUCAGACACCGAGAUCCAGAGGGAGAUUGGCAUCAGUAACCCACUGCACCGUCUCAAACUCCGACUGGCCAUUCAGGAGAUCAUGUCCCUGACCAGCCCGUCUGCCCCACCCACAUCCAGAACGUCCACUGGAAAUGUUUGGGUUACGCAUGAGGAAAUGGAGAGCUUGGCAGCUACACCUCCCACGGAAGAUGACGAGGGCAGCUGGGCCCAGACCCUGGCGUAUGGCGACAUGAACCAUGAAUGGAUUGGAAACGAAUGGCUACCCAGUCUGGGUCUGCCACAGUAUCGCAGCUACUUCAUGGAGUCCCUGGUGGAUGCACGCAUGCUGGACCACCUGACCAAAAAGGACCUGCGGGGUCAGCUGAAAAUGGUGGACAGUUUCCACAGAAACAGUUUCCAGUAUGGAGUGAUGUGUUUAAGGCGACUGAACUAUGACAGGAAAGAGCUGGAGAGAAGACGAGAGGAGUCUCAGAUAGAAGUCAAAGACGUGCUGGUGUGGAGCAACGAGCGGGUGAUUAACUGGGUGCAGGCCAUCGGGCUGAAGGAGUACGCCAACAACCUUCAGGAGAGCGGAGUCCAUGGAGCUCUCAUAAGCCUGGAUGAAACAUUUGACCACAAUGCUUUGGCAUUACUGCUGCAGAUACCAACACAAAACACACAGGCAAGAGCAGUAUUGGAGAGAGAAUAUAACAGCCUCCUGGCCCUGGGAACAGAACGCAAGAUGGAAGAGGAUGACGAGAAGAACUUCAGACGAGCUCCCUCCUGGAGGAAGAAAUUCCGGCCCAAAGACGUGCGGGGUAUGAGCGCAGGGUCAGCCGACACACUCCCCGCCAACUUCAGAGUGACCAACAGCAGUUCUUCUUCCCCUGCCAUGCAGCCAAAGAAACUCCAGAUGGACGGUGAUGUUGAUGAAGAGGACGGGUUAUCCUCAGGCUGGAAUCUCAAUGGACGAGGACUCUAAGAUAUUUUCUUAAGGAGUAUUAAAAAAAAAACCAUCAAAAAUCUCCGCAAUACCCUAGAGGACAUAUUUUAGAUUUGAUGAAUAUUAUAUUUAUGUAAACCAAUGGGACAUUUCAUAUAUUUAGUUCUGUAUCUUUGUUUGCCUGAUUUAUUUUUCCUCAAACCUUUCUUAUCCUUUGUCUUCAUCAUGUUUAACUUUUUUCAGAUGUAACUGAAUGUAUCAGAAAUCUGAAGUUUGUAUAUUUAUAUCUGUAAGCAUUAUCUAAUCUUUUUAUAAUCUACCUUGUAAUUGACCAGAUGUACUUUACUUCACCCCCUUCCCCCAUUUGUUUUAAUCAUGCAACUUAAACUCAAGUGACUGAUAUGUGAUUUAACUUAAUUUUGUUGCCCCCUGUAGUUCUUAAAAAAAGAAAAAACAUAUCAAUGUUGAUUUUAUUCUGAAUGCAGCUCUUAGGUCAAUGGUAUUAUGUGAAUAUCAGAAUUGGUGCAUAUCUCUGACAUUUUGUCACUUUGACUGUUCGGUUUUCUUGGCUGAAUGAUGGAGCAUGAACUGGGGUGCCUGUAUGAACUGAUUUUUUUUUUCUUCUUCUUCUUCCUUCCUUUGUUCCUGUGAUACCAAAUUGAAAAACUCUUUAAUAAGCCAUACAUGGUAGCAAUGACGAGGGCUACUUUUUGGAUGCAUAUUUCCAGCAAAAGGCAUUACAUAGUAGACCAGGCUUUCUGGACAUCCUCGAAUGCUGAAACUCCUCAUUCCUCUUCUCGCCUUCUCACUUACGACACGCAUGACAAACCAACAUUGUGUGGGGAUAGAUUAUGCGUGUGCCAUGUGACUGCUUUUCUGUGAAGGACCAACCCCACUGUGGCCUAAGCUAAACCUUCAACUGCAUCCCAUGACUUUCUAUCGAGCCUUACCGUUUUUUUUGUUUGUUUUUUUCUUGCUCAUUUGUUUUUAUUUAUGCUCACUUUGUGUGACAUCAGCUUCUGUUAAGAAGCCACCAUAUUGUCCUGGAUUAUUGCAAAUGUUUUUGAGGAACCCACGUUCUGUAGAACUUUUCAAGCAAAUAUUGUUGGAAGGACUGAACACAUCCCAAGAACCACCUCCCCCUUUAGUCCUCACGAUAUCAUUUCAUCUUUUUUUUGUUAACUUAGUCAUUUAUGCACAAUUCAAAUCAUGUUACUGUCCUGUUUCUUUUUUUUUUUUUCUUUUUUAAAAUUGUGUCAUUCUAUCUCUGUUUAAAAUUUCCUGAUCUUGUAACAGAAAUUA